AUGGCACCCGCAUCCCUACUUGACCUUGUGUCCGCGCUGCCAGCCACGGAGAGCUGGGGCCCUGCUGUCUCCGAUGAGACGAUGCUGGAUGGCGUCCCAUUCGCGCCAUACUCAAAGGGCGACAAGCUAGGUCGCAUGGCCGACUGGACAGAAGGCAAGGACCGUGAGCGAGGAGGACGCCAGCAGUACGGAAACCGAAACUACAGAGACCAGCAAGUAUACGGCGCGAACCAGCAGACGAACCCCUUCGCUAUCCAGGCCGCCGAAGAGGAGGCUACCUUCUCCGUGGUUGACAACACCCGCACAUCCACCCGCACUCGCGGAUUCGGAAGAGGAGGCGGCACUGUCUUCGGACGUGGACGCGGACAGCGGGGCGGACAGGCACAGCGUGGAGGACGAGGAACCUUCCAGCGCGUCGGGGGCCGUGGAGGACAGCAAUACGACAGCCGUGGCGGACGCGGUGGAGGCCGAGGAGGACGCCGUUUUGGCUGGAGAGACGACAAGCCCCAGCGCAACCGUGAUGCGUCGGUUCAGGUCAAGCCUGAGUGGACUGUUAUGGAGGAGAUUGACUUCUCACGCCUGGGCAAGCUGAACCUCGACACCGGAGAUGGCGAGGAUCUUGAGAACUACGGUUUCCUCUACUACUACGACCGCAGCUACGACAAGCAGCCGGGCGCGAAGACCUCCGAGCGAAGACUCAACGUCCUCGAGCGCGCCGCCUACAACGUCACCACAUCCAGCGACCCAAUUCUGCAGGAGCUUUCUGACAAGGACGAGGCUACUGUCUUUGCUACAGACAAUGUCUUGUCGAUGUUGAUGUGUGCCACCAAGUCCGUCUACUCAUGGGAUUUGGUCUUCUCAAGAAAGGGCAACAAGGUCUUCAUCGACAAGCGCGAUGGCUCAAACCUCGACAUGGUGACUGUCAACGAGAACGCCGCCGAUGCGCCCCUCGAGAUCUCGGAAGGAAACAAGGACUCGAUCAACAGCCCAGGAGCCCUCAUGCUCGAGGCCACCCACAUCAACAACGUCUUCCCCCUCCAGGUUGUUUCCGAGUCAGACACCAACAAGGUCAACAUGACCCACGAGCAUCCCUUCUACAACGAAGAGGUUGAGACCGACCCACCCGCGUCCAAGGCCUACAGGUACCGCCGUUUCGAUCUCUCCCUGGAGAAGGAUGACGAGCCUCUUCACCUCAUUGUCCGAACAGAACUUGAUGCUGUUGUCAAGAACAACAUCAACGGUGAGGACCAAUACUUGACCAUCAAGGCAUUGAACGAGUUCGACAACAAGGCGCAAGGCUCAGGUGGCGCCCUUGACUGGAGGUCCAAGUUGGCCAGCCAAAGGGGUGCUGUUUUGGCGACAGAGAUGAAGAACAACUCUUGCAAGCUCGCUCGAUGGGCUGUGCAGAGUAUCCUUGCAAAGGCUGACACUAUGAAGCUUGGUUUUGUCUCGCGUACAAACCCCAAGAACAACAACGACCACGUCAUUCUCGGUGUGCUCACCAACAAGCCCCGCGACUUCGCUUCCCAGAUGGCGCUCAACCUCAACAACGGUUGGGGUAUUGUUCGUACUAUCGUCGAUAUGGUCCUUCGUAUGGAUGAGGGCAAGUACGUGCUUGUCAAGGACCCUAACAAGUCUUUGCUUCGUCUGUACCAGGUCCCUCUCCACACAUUCGAGGAGGAAGACGUUGAAGAUAUGCAAGCCCCUAAUGAGGAGGAUGAGGAGUAAGCGUUGGGAGAUAAAAGUGGCGGGUGCCCUUUGAGAUACCCAGCUUGUUAUGAUUACGACUUUUUUGGCGUAGGACGGAUGAGCAUCGAAUGCAUGAACCGGCAGCAAUGAUGUUCUGGGAGCAUGGUCCCCUGGCUUACUGAAAGCAUUGCAUGUUCAUAGAGGCAAGAAUAUACGAGUAUGUACCAAAGCUACCAGCAUAA